UUAAAAUACGUAUUUAUUAUGGGUUAUUGCAUGUUCAUAAAAUAAUAAACAAGAAAACAAGUUUGUUAUUAAUAAUAUUAAGUAAAAGCAAGAAAAUAGUGCAAUGUCGCAAACAAAAACAAAGAAAUUAUCUACACCUUGGGUUCAGUGUGAUAAAUGUUUAAUUCAUGUUUUAAAUAAAGACGUGGAAAGUCACUCCAAGGAUUGUCCACCUAAUCUAAAAAAUAUAUUUUAUAAUUUUCUUAAGGAUGAGAUAUUAUAUGGCACUAUAGAUGCCAAAACUAAUGAAGAUAUAAAAAACAUAAGUUCUAGAGAGAAAGAUAAUUUGGUAUUUUUAAGUAAACCUGUAAUACAAUUAUGUUCAUUUGCUAUAGGGGAUUGGGCAAUAGUUCGAAUGUUAGAUAGUGGUGCACCGCCUGUAGUUAGGAUGGUUUGGCCAACAGUGGAAAAAUCUUUAACAUCUGUGUUAUUUACUAAAAAUGGAUUAGAUUUAAGUUUUGAAGAAGUCGGUAAGAAUGUAGUGGUUUCUAAAGUAUCUGGUCAUAUAUGUUCUGCUAGCCGUAUUACACUUAUUGUAUUAAAUGGUCCAAAAUCUUUGGAAAUAACUUCGGAAUUAUAUAACAGAGUAAGCAAAUCCUAUACUGACAGAAUAUUCACAGUAGGAAAUAAAAUAAGUGUAAUGUUUUAUGGAAAAAUAUUGAAAUUUGAGGUAAAAUCUAUAGAGACAAGUGAGAAAGAAAUUAAUUUAGAAAAUAAUUUUAGUAGAUUAUGUAUUGAGGACCAGCAUGAAUUUUAUAGAACUUCUGAAGCCACGAAAUGGACAGUAUACAGGAAUCAGGAGCACUAUGCUAUGGAAGUACUUGAAGAAGAGACUGUAAUGAUAGCUGGAUUAGAUAAAGAGAUGCAAGAAAUUUGUGAAUUAAUGAAUGCUGCGUUGGGCAAAAGAAAAUUAUCUAAUUUAGCACAAAGCAGAGCUGUUUUACUAUAUGGUAAUUCCGGUACAGGAAAAACCACGUUAGCAAAAAUUUUAGGAAAAAUGUCAAAAGCCAAUGUGGUUGCAAUAAAUGCUCCUGACCUUUAUAGCAAAUAUUCAGGCUCAGCAGAAGAAACUAUAAAAGAAUUAUUUCAGGACGCUAUAGAUCAUUCUCCAAGUAUUAUUAUAAUAGACGAAAUAGAUAUUCUUUGUCCCCUUAGAAGCAGUAGAAUCACCGAUACUGAAAAGAGAAUAGUUUCAACCCUCUUAGUAAUGUUUGAUAAUUUAAAUGCUCAAACUAAUAUUAAAGUAUUUAUUAUCGCCACAACGAAUAAACCUGACAAUAUAGAUCCUGCCUUCCGUAGAUGUGGAAGGUUAGAUAGAGAAAUAGAAAUUCCAACGCCAAACCCGAAAAGUAGAAAAGCUGUCCUAACUACUUUACUAAAAAAUGCGUGCAGUAGUUUAAGUGAAGACCAGCUACAGGAAAUAUCAGCAAAUACUCACGGCUUCGUAGGUGCUGAUCUGGUAUCUCUUUGUUCGAGAGCUAGCUUGAAUGCUUCACAAAGGGGGAAUGAAAGUCUUACGAUAGAAGAUUUCAAAUUUGCUCUUAAAAGGGUGCGGCCAAGUGCUAUGAGAGAAGUCCAGAUUGAGGUUCCCAAUGUAAAAUGGGUUGAUAUCGGAGGCCAAGAAAACUUGAAAUUAAUUCUGAGGCAAGCUGUGGAAUGGCCCCUGAAACACCCUGACAGUUUCAUUAGGCUUGGCAUAACUCCCCCAAGAGGAGUUCUAAUGUUUGGUCCUCCGGGUUGUUCAAAAACUAUGAUAGCUAAAGCCUUGGCUACAGAAAGUGGUUUAAAUUUCCUGUCGAUAAAAGGUCCUGAAUUAUUCAGUAAGUGGGUCGGUGAGUCCGAAAAAGCAGUGCGCGAGGUAUUUCGAAAAGCUCGGCAGGUGGCUCCCUCUAUAAUAUUUUUCGACGAAAUCGACGCUAUCGGAGGAGAGAGAAGCUCUGGUACGAGUACGAGUGUGCAGGAGAGAGUUCUUGCUCAGUUAUUGACUGAAUUAGACGGAGUUACUCCGCUUGGUGACGUUACGAUUUUAGCCGCGACUAACAGGCCUGAUAGGAUAGACAAAGCGCUGUUGCGACCCGGGAGGUUGGACAGGAUAGUCUACGUUCCUUUGCCUGAUGCCGAUACAAGGAGAGAGAUAUUUCGAAUAAAGCUUUCCAGGAUGCCUGUAUUAAAUGUGGACAUCGAAGAUUUAGUAAAAAAGACAGAGUGUUAUUCAGGAGCUGAAGUGAAUGCUGUUUGUCAUGAAGCGGCGAUGAAGGCGCUAGAAGAGAGUUUGGAAAUACAGCACGUAGAAGGGAGACAUUUCAAAAAUGCCUUGAAAUUAAUAACUCCUAGAACUCCUCCUAGUUUAAUCAAGCUGUAUGAGGAUUAUUUACAAAUAAAAAUUUAA